AUGGUAGCGGCAGAGUACGGUCGAGAGGACAUUGCUCGCUUGCUCCUCGACAAGGGCGCGCGUGUUGAGGAUCCUAACAAAGCCGGCUGGACCGCUCUGCACUUGGCGACUAAAGCAGGACAUCUCGGUACUGCCCGCUUGCUCCUGGAGUACGGCGCAUCCGUCAGCGCGCGAAGCAACGUGCAAGACACGCCGCUGACGGUAGCGGCACAGUACGGAUGGGAGAACAUCGCUCGUCUGCUCCUCGACGAGGGCGCGCACAUCGAGGAGAGUGAGGAGAACAAUUAUACUUCCCUUCAUUUCGCCGCCAGAGAGGGACACCUCGGCGUCGUCACCUUGCUUCUUGCGCGGGGCAUCGCCAUCUCCGCU